UGUGAAGGAGGGGCAAGGAGGGGCUCUGCUUCCUUCGCCAGCCAAUGGCCGCUUCUCGGUGCGAAGCUGCCUCCUUGACUGAAGGAAGGGGACGCGUUAAUGAUUGUUGGGAAAGUCUUAGUCGGCGCCUUUGGCAGAAGCGGAGGAGCUCGAGGCGCCUUCGGAAAAGCGAGCUGGGACGCCCGACGCGCACUCUUGAGGCCCCUUUGCAGGCAAGCGCGCUGGGCCGGCAUUUGGGAACCGCUCCUUGGGCAGAACAAAUCAGUGACACGGGGAGCUCGAGAAAGCGCGCGGGAAGGACUGGCGGCCGUCUCAGGCUGCCUGUUGAAGGAGGGAGCUGCAGUAAACCCAGAGAGGGAAGGCUUAGGGGAAGAGGAUUUUGUGGCGCCCUUCGGCCCGCUGUUCGACUUGGCGCGGGGAAAUGCUGCUUUCUUCCCCCAACCGCCGGAAACAAGAGUAGGGACUUUGCGGUUAGUACUCCGAAGAGAGAGGGAGGGAGGGAGAGAUUUAGGAGUUUCUGACCGCGGCUGCAAAAGUCAGCUGCGACCUCCGCAAGCAGCCAUUUCCUGCAGCUCCCGUGCCGCUGCUCGCCCAGUCCUUGGUUUCUCGGUUGAAUGUUAAUAAAGGGAGAUGAACGCCGCCAAGCGCUUGCCCUUCUGCGCGGAGUUAGUUAAAGAUCGUCUUUAUUUUGCCAUUCUGUUCCAUAAACCAAAAAGCGGUAGUACAAGUACACACUAUUUCUGCAUAGAUGAUGAAUUUGUGUAUGAAAACUUCUAUGCAGAUUUUGGCCCUCUCAAUCUGGCAAUGAUUUACAGAUACUGUUGCAAGCUAAAUAAAAAAUUAAAGUCUUUUACCAUGUUAAGGAAGAAGAUUAUUCAUUAUUGUGGUUCGGAUCAGAAAAAGCAAGCCAAUGCAGCCUUCCUCAUAGGCUGUUACACAAUAAUAUACCUGAGAGAAUCUCCAGAAAGUGUGUACAGGCAUUUACUAUUUGGGAAUGUUUCAUAUCUUCCAUUCAGGGAUGCUGCAUUUGGUACCUGCACUUUUCAUCUAACUCUGCUUGACUGUUUCCAUGCCAUAAAUAAGGCAUUGCAGUAUGGCUUCCUUGAUUUUAAUACAUUUGAUGUAAAUGAAUAUGAGCAUUAUGAAAGGGCAGAAAAUGGAGACUUCAACUGGAUAAUACCCCAAAAAAUCAUGGCCUUCAGUGGACCUCACUCAAGAAGUAGAAUUGAAAAUGGGUAUCCACAUCAUGCUCCCGAAGCCUAUUUUCCAUACUUCAGAAAACAUAAUGUUACCACUGUAAUCCGCCUGAAUAAGAAGAUGUAUGACUCUAGAAGAUUUAAAGAUUCGGGGUUUGAUCAUUAUGAUCUCUUCUUUGCUGAUGGAAGCAUACCUAAUGAUGCUAUCAUCAAAGCAUUUCUGAAUAUUUGUGAGAAUGCUGAAGGUGCUAUAGCAGUUCAUUGCAAAGCUGGACUUGGCAGAACUGGUACACUUAUAGCGUGUUACAUUAUGAAGCAUUACAGGAUGACUGCUGCUGAAACUAUUGCCUGGAUUAGAAUUUGUAGACCUGGCUCUGUGAUUGGAACUCAACAACAUUUCUUGUUGGAGAAACAGCCAGAACUUUGGCUGGAAGGUGAUGUUUAUCGUUCAAAGCUAAAGAAGACUCCAAAGCUUGCAGUGACAAAAAUUCUUUCAGGAGUAGAUGACAUUUCAAUUAACGAUUCAAAAAAUCAGAAUGCCAGCAGAAAAGAUUCUGAACCGUACAGUGAUGAAGAAGAAACACACACAGUAACACAAGGGGACAAGCUCCGUGCCCUUAAAAGUAAAAGGCAGGCAAAAGCAUAUUCAGUUCCAUUAACAGUAAUUCUGCAAUCCAGUGUUCAGAAAAGUAAACAGUCUGAACCUAGCAUUUCUGACAGUGCAGGCCUUUGUAAAAGAACUACCAGGUCUACUGCAAGAAAAAGCAGUUUUAAAAGUCUCAUGCCUCAGAGGGAAAGAAGGAAAGGGGAUGCUUUACAACAAAUACACUUAUGCACUACCCCUAAGCCAAGGACGAGAAGUAUGCUGCGCUGAACAGUGAAAAUUCAAAAGAAUUCAGAGAGAGAAAAAGAGACAUUGUUUUCAAUUAAAACGUUGAAGAUUGAUUUUUUUUUUCUUUUAAAAAGUGGUCUAUUUUAGCUCUUAUACAAGAGUGUUAAUUUAUUGUCACUACAACAAUGAUUUUUUUACUGCUUUAAUAAUGGCCUGUAAAUUUUAGCCUUUUGUCUAAUAUCUCUUUUAUCAAGAGAACUUUUUUUUGUACAAUGCUUAGGGAUAAAAUGUGAUGGCAAUCAUUUAAUCUUCUGUCCAACAACUGAAAGGGGGAAUGCAUAUAUUACUUGUUUGAUGUAUAAAUUUUCAUCCAAAAAUGGUUUUCUCUUAUGAUAGCAACGGAGAAAUUGGGAAAGCAUACACUUCUUCCCUUCAUUCCCCCAAUAUGAUUGCUCUUUGCAUACAUUACCUAUCCUAAUUGUAUUAGGACUUUUAUCAUAUAUUUCUAAAUUACUAUCCACCAAAGAGUGCUUUAUUUUCAUAGAUUUAGUUCCUAGUCUUGCAAAUUAUACCACUGCCUAAAGUGUUACUUACUACUUUUAAUUAACAGAAACAGCUGGGAAGAAUUGUAACAAAUUGUGUGCUGUUGGAAUAUCACAGUCUUAAUUGUUGAACUACUAAUGAAUUAAAACAUGUUGUACAGCAAUUUCAGAUUAUAAUUGGACAAAAUGCACUAGAAAAAUAUGACUUUUCAAAUGUUCUCUAUGUACUUUUACGUUUAUCCCUUUCUCAUUAAAAGGAAUGCUAACACCGCUUACAAAUUGGCUUUCCUUACCCUAAGAUCCUGUCCUCAGCCACCUUUCCUUCCUAGCAUUAAAUAUUGCAUGGUAGUGAUUCUGCUAAUAGUCAGAUAUUCAUUUUUGCUCAGUCUGCAGAAAUAGGUGGUUGAAUUUGUUCUGUAUGCAAAAUUAGUGGCAAAUCAAUGUUGUGAUUCCAAUGACAUGUCUAUAGAUUGGAUAGGAAAGGAGUUUAAUUUGCCAUUUCUCCCAUGUCAUUAAAAUUCAAAGUUUAUAAUUACAGGUAGUCUACAUUUACGACCACAAUUCAACUGAAAUUUUCGAUUGCUAAGUGAAACUAUUGUUGAGUUUUGCCCCGUUGUACAACUUUUCUUGCCACGAUUGUUAAAUGAAUCUGGCUUCCCCAUUGACUUUGCUUGUCAGAAGGUCGCAAAAGGUGAUCAGACAUGACCCUGGGACACUGCAACCAUCAUAAAUAUGAACCAGUUGCCAACUGGCCAAAUUUUGGUCAAGUGACCAUGGGGAUGCGGCAAUGGUCAUAAAUCACUUUUUUCAGUGUCUGUAAGUUUCAAUGGUCACUAAAUGGUUGUAAGUUGAGGACUAUCUGUAUUCACCUUUCAGCGCAGAAGCAGCAGUAGAUCUGUACUGAAAACUAAAGAAAGACAGUGGACUAUAAUUAACAUAGUUAAUCUUCAAAAGCUGAGCAAUAAUUGUUAUAACUAUUCUCUUGUCCCAUUUGGACUUCAAAGUCCUUGCAAGGAAAGUUUAGUUAUGGAUAAUGCAGGUCAUCCUGAUGUUGGGUUGUGACUCUUGUUAGCCCUAGCCAACAUAAUUGAAGGUAAGAUUUGUUGUCCAAUAUCUAUAAGGAUAGGGUUGCCCAUCCCUGGUACAGAGGCUUUGCUGUACUGUAACCUACUCUAUAUUUCUCUAGCAAAGAAUAAUAUGUUUAAAAAAAUGCUUGCUGGACCUGAAGCUGAAAAUAUCUGUAGUUAAUCAUACCAGUAAGAAUGUUGGGAGUCUGUCUUGAAUAGCUGUCUUGUAGGAGUAAGGUUAAAUUCUAGGAACGUGGCUUUGCUUUAAAAGAUCUCAUAGCAUUAGUAUUAAAGAGACCUGCAUCAUGUUUUAGGCUGAUUAGUCAUUUUGAUAUUCAUAGCUACAUUAAUAUAUUUAUAUCCUUAAGUCUCUUAUUGAAUCCAAGCAGCCACUUCAUGAUGAUUUGUCUCCAGAAAUUUUAUUGAGCCAUUCAUUUCCAUAGAAGGAGACCUUUUAUCUAUUUUGCUGCUGAUUAUCCUCCUUAUCUCUUUCCCCAGCAUUAUAAACUUCUCAAGAGGACAAAGUCUUAGCAUAAUGUGUCCAAAAUAUGACGAUUUGAGUGUAGUCACUUCUGCUUCAGUUGAAAUUUCUGGAUUUAUUUUCUCUAUGAACCAUUUAUUUGUUUUCUUGGCUAUCUAGGACAUUCUCAGGAAUCUUCCACCACCAAAAUUCACAAGGAUCAGUGCCCUUUUUAUCUUGUUUCUUCAAAGUCCAGUGUCUGCUUCCAUAGAGUGUCAAGGCCUACAUGAUCUGAUCUUUGUAAGCGUAGACACAUAUUGCCAUCUGUUUUUCAUAAGGACUUCAUUGUUACUCUACCAAGUACUGUGUGCGGUGCAUUUCUUGACAGUUUGUUCCCUUAUUAUUGUCUAUCCUAAAAAGCAAAAGCUAUUCACCAUUUCAUUGCCUAUAUUCAUUGUCAAGUUAAGGCUGUUUGUUCCAUCUGUUGUCAUUAGUUUAGUCUUAUACCUUUUCACUGUGCUCAUUAAGUUUCAUUACGAGAGUUCUCCAAUCAUUUGAUUUUCAGCAGAGAGCAAGUUAUUGGUGUUUCUUUUUCCAGUUUUAAAACCAUGCUCAUCUUUUUCCAGUGUAGCCCCCCCUUAUUCAACUUGUGGGUUGAAUAAAUGAGAAGAGAGUACACAGCUAUGUCUGACUCUGGUACCAACCUGGAUCUGGUUUCCUCAUAUUAUUUCAUACUUGACUUCCUAUUCCAUGUACAGAUAGUCCUUGAGUUAUGACCCCAAUUGAGCCAAAAUUUAUGUUGCCAAGUGAAACAUUUGUUAGUGAAUCAUUGUAUUUGUUAGGUUAAUAAAUAACAUGACUGUUAAGUGAUUCCGGUUUCCCCAUUGACUCUGCUUCUCAGAAGGUUGCAAAAGGGGAUCACUUGACCCCGGGACACUGCAACCGUCAUAACUAUAAACCAGUUGCCAAGCAUUUGAAUUUUGAUCACAUGACUAUGGGGAUGCUGCAGGGGCUGCAAGUGUGAAAAAUUGAUAUAUAUACCAUAUUUUUCGGAGUGUAAGAUGCACCUUUUCCCCCCCUAAAAGGGGGUGAAAAUUUGGGUGCGUCUUAUACACCGAAUGUAGCCCCCCUACACUGGCCCCCACCCUUUGGCCUCUGCCUCCCAGCAAUUUACCUCCUUGCAGCCAGCAGCAAGAAGAAAUAGACCAUUUCAGCUUCAGCACAGUCUAAUUAGCACAAGUCGAUUGUCCCUUGGAUCGGUCUCCUGACUCUCAGCUGUUUCAGGCUGCAGGGAUUGCCAUUGCCUAUUGCUGCAGGGACCUCUGCUGCUUGCUGCAAUGAGGUAAAUUGCUGGGAGCAGAUUUUUUUUUUCUUGUGCUAAUCAAGCUAUGCUGAAAAUGAAAGUAAAGCAGGUUGUUUGCUGUAAGGAGGCAAAAUUGCUGGGAGGCAGAGGCAGAUUUCUUUUUCUUGUUUUCCUCACCAAAAAAGGUAGGUGUAUCUUAUAGUCUGGAGUGUCUUACUCUGAAAAACAUGAGCAAUCUGUUGCCCCAUAAUGUCAUUCUCCAAAUUUGUGACAUAGUUUGAUUAGAAACUUGAUUUAUUCUUAUAUUGCUUACCUUCUAUAAAUAUUCCAUCCGUUCUGGUAGCUUAAUAAUGACUGGAAUGUUAAUCUUAACUUCAUCUGAUUUUUGUAAAUAAGAAAUGUCUCUAAAGUAUCAUGGAUAUUAACAUCUCUACUGUACAGAAUUUCAGUAAACUUCUUCCAGCUUUCUUUGAUCUUUUUUAUAUCAGUUACUAUCCAUUGAUAUAAUUUCUUCCCAUUGGCAUCUUUUAGCAUACCAGUUUGCGGUUGGAUCUUCCUUUUGAAUAAAGAGAUCUUUUGGAAGACUUUUCCUUGCUUUUUUUGUCUUUGUCUAUUAUAAUAUUGCUUGUCUCUUCUAGCAGGUGUCCGAUAUUUGUUAAGUUCUUCCUGAAUUUUCUAUCUUUGGUUUUUUUCUCUUGGCAGUUUCUGCUAUUCAUUCUGACAUCCGAUAUAGUUUUUUAUUUUAUGAUUUUUGACAGUCUCUUCACAUUCAUUCUUAACAACUUUCCUCUGGUGCCUUAUCAAUGAGGUUCAAAACUUCAAAGCAAUUCUGAUGUUCUUGAAAAUGGUGAGUAUAUGCUGAAGAUUGUAUUGUGGAAACUGGUCAGUUUUCUUCCACUUUGUCUUGACUUGAAACUUGCAUAUGACCUGCUUGUUAUCAGUUCCAUAGAUAUCCUGGCCAUGAUUUUGCUAUUCUCACUCGGCUUUUCCACCAUCUUGCACUAGUAACUUAGUCAAAUUGAUUUCUAGGUACUUCAUCUGAUAAUGUCCAUGUAAACAGGCAUUGUUUUGAUUGUUGGAAAAAUGUUUUAGCCUGAAGAUGUUAAUUAGAUAGGCACAAAUAAUAUAUUUUUCUGAUUAAUUUCAGUGUUCUAAACCAGGGGUCUCCAACCUUGGCAACUUUAAAAGACUUGUGGACUUCAACUCUGGGUUGAAGUUGCCAAGGUUGGAGACCCCUGUUCUAAACUAUACAGUCCUACUGUAUUAGGUUUUCCUCCUUAAUUCUGGUUUGAUUGGCUUUGUUGUUGCCUAACUCUCCCUAAAAUAAAUGAGCUUAAUGCAAACUGCUUAGUUUCUAGUUUGGCAUUCAGAUGAACUUAAAACCUCAUUAUGAACUCUUCAUCGUAAUUUUUAAUGGGCUGUAGUUAUUUAUUUGCCGCCUUUGCUGAUUUUUUUUAAAAAAAGAAUCCCAACACAAACCAAUAUUGUGCAUAACACUUUUUAAUAAGCAAAGUUAGAUAAUUCUGUGCAUUCUCAUAUGAAAUUACUUCAAUAUUUUGUGUUAAUUUUUUAAAGAUUUAUGUUACUUACAUUUCAGCUUUUGCCAUUCAGUUGAAUAGUUCACUAUUUACAUUAUAGACAAAAGUUCUUCAUUUAUAUUUAUUGGAAUAUGAACAGUUUUCGAUUGGUUUAAUGUUCUGUUCUAUUUUAUCCACCAUGAAACUGAAUGCCACAUGGUUACAGGUAGUCUUUGACUUACAACUGUUCAUUCAAUGACUGUUUAUAAAAGUAUGAUGGCAUUAAAUGGACAACCUCCUGUCUGAACUUAUACCACUGCAGCAUCAUGUAGUUGUGAUCUGAGCUUUUGUAAUCCAUUUAAGAUUGUCAAACUUUCUGCGUUCAUGUGAUUGCCAUUUGCAAUCUUCCGUCCCAGCUUCCUCGGAUAGUCAACAGGGAAGGUUGCUGCCACAAGACUCACUCUGGUUCCUAGGGAGGGUGACUGAACAAGGUCCAUCAGCACCCAUUCUUCAAUGGAAAUAGUAGAAGGGCUGUCUGCCAGAUUGGUAUUGCUCCUAGCGAGGUGGAGCCCCUUGGCAAAGCAGUUCUGCUUCCAGGGGCUGGCUGGAACAAUCCAUGGCAAAAACCAAAAGGAGUUUUAGUCCAGGGUGCUUGCAGCAUGGAGCUCUUAAGAGCCAGGCUGGCUCCCAACAGUUCAUGGUUCAAGACCCUCCUGUGAAAAUCUCAUUUUAACCAUUGACUUUGCCUGUCAGAUAGAUUUCAACCUAGUGCGGGCCAGAGUCCUUUUGUGAAACCCUGUUAUUCUCAAGAUGGUUGGAAAAAGCCCUUCUCCCCUUUCAGAAAAAACACAUUUGCUGACUUUCUAGCCAGAAGGCCAGCAAAUUCAGUGUUUCUAAAGGCUGUCUGGGAGAGGCAGGAUAGCAGUUGAGCAAAGCAGUCACAUGGAUGCCUCACUCAACAACCAUCAUGACUUGAGAUUAUAAUUGGCCGUCUCCAUUACAGUUGUAUGUCAAGAACUAUAUACCGAAGGACUUGCUCACAUAUUCAAUGUUCUAAGAACAAGCUGAUACCAGUUUUGUUAUCAGAUGUAUUUCUGUAUUUAUGUUAUUUUAAUUAAUGUAGAUACUGGCUUUAUUCUCUAUAAUAUAUCCUACCUUAGAAUGUUUCCUGUAUCUGUAGGAGAAUUUUCAAGGUGGAGUGAUUUAAAUCAGCUAAAUUAUUCAACAAACCCACGUAAGAUUUUAAACCACACGUUACUAAAAAUAGCUCCCAUCUAUGUACUAUUGUUUUCAAUAUCGAAUUAGCCUCACUGUUCAACAUUUGAAAUCCCAUUUUUUAUUUUUCCUCCAUCCUAACAUUCAAGCAUCAAGAAUUGGAGCACUACGUAUUUUGUGUGCCUGAUAAAGUUUAAAUAGACAUUUCGUACAUUAACUGAGGUGGCUGUCGCUUUCAUUAGUGCUGAUAAACUAAUUUGUUUCUGACAGAUAAAAAGAUGGCUUACCUACAUUUCAGUUAUUCAUUAAGUCUUCCCCUUAAUAGCCAACACCCGUUCCUAAUUUUGUAACCUGGUUAUUUCUAGCCAUUUCAUAAAAUCAUGCAGCUUUAUAGCCAGUAUACAAAAUAUUUCGGUUGCCAGAGAUUUGUGAUUACCUGCUAAAUGCCAUUUACCAUCUUAUUCCUUAUAGAAUUAUGCCUGAACCUUGGAUUAAAAUUAAAAGGUUCUUGAUAGAAUAUACUUAUUACUUGGGAAUGUACGUAUAUGUUUCUACCUCCCUUGAUUUUGGUUACAUAAGCAUCGAGCAACUCAGAAUGCCCUAAUUAACAUGGAGGAAAUCUAUUUGCUUAGAUAUUUUGGUUCAGAAGCUUUACUAAUUAAUAUCAACAGAAGGUACUUGUUACAUGUGCACAAAAGUGCAACACUGCUGUAUUAGACAUGAGAACUAAGAUUCCUUGACUGGAAUCACUUGACUGUGUUAUAAACACAAAUCAACCAUGCAAAGCCACUUUUAAAUGGUCACAAUCCUGUUCAGCCAGUCUCCAGAGAAUAUCAUUUUUUGGUAGAAAGGCAUAGUAUAAACAGCUUAACCAUCUUUUUUAGAUUUAGUACUAGGUACUAGAAGCAGUAUUAGAAGCAGUACUAGUGUCUGGCCAGAAAAAAUACUCAAAUUUAGGUGUCUUACGUAGUCUUACAUAGUCAAAAGAUACGUUUAAUUUUUAUAGGCUUGAAAACCAAAGAAGGCUCCCAGUUUUUAAAUUAUCUUUGUAAUGAUUAAGCAAAAUAGUCUAAAAAUAUUAAUUUACAUUCUCAUGUGGAACGAAUCCAUAUUGGUUAGCACAAUUUAUUUUCUAUCGCUUUAAAGUUAUAUCCAAAUAUUCAUUGCUGUGUUGACACCUAUGCUGUGUAAAAGCUUAAAACUUUCAGAGUUGCUACUUGUAGGUCCCAAUUACAAGCUUUAGGGGAUUUUUAAUGUAUUGUCUUCAAAACUUGUACAAUUUGUUCAAACUAUGUGGUAUAAUCAAUAUUCCUCAGAUCAAAUUAUUUUGUUAAAUGUAUUUCAGGGUUAACUUGACACUGUUUAAAUUUUAAUUUGAUAGUAUGUAUUUUUUCAUCAGUGUAAUUGAAUUAUAUAAAUCUGAAAUAACGUGUAAGAAAAAUGUGUACAAAUAAAAUCUAUUGCUAAUGUGAGAUUA